UUUUUGUAUUCAAAAACAACAACAUCAACAACAACAACAAUUCAAACCAUCAAAUAUCAACAAAACAUUGAUGAUAUAACCAUUUUGGAUCCAUUCACCAAUCGAAAUGUUAUUCCAUAUUAUCACAAGUGUUUCACACUAUUUAUUGCAAUUUUAUGGUUGAUAAAUUUUUUCUGUACAUAUCCUGUAAAUUGUUCUCAAUCAAUAAUAGUCGCUAAUCGUAAAGAUAUAAGAAAAUUAGAUGAAUUAGCAUUCAAUAGAAAUAUUUCACAUUAUCAUCAUCAUUAUAAUAAUAAAAAAAUAUAUGAUGCUACCAUACUCAUUGAUCAAUUGGAAGAUGCAAUUGCCAUUGAUUUUGAUUAUGAACAGAAUCUACUAUUCUGGACUGAUCGUGGUUUUGAAGCUAUUAAAAGUUUAAAUCUAAUCGAUCGUCAUCAUGUAUUCGAUGUAGCCAAUACUGGUAUUGAAUCACCUGAAUCAUUAGCAUGUGAUUGGAUAACGAAAAAACUUUAUUGGGUUGAUUCAGAAAUCAAUAAUUUAGUAGUCAGUAAUUAUGAUGGUACACAACGAACAGUUUUGGUGUGGAAAAAUAUGGAUACACCGCGUACAAUUGUUUUGGUUCCAAGUGAAGGUUUCAUGUUCUGGUCUGAUUGGGGACAAGAACCAAAAAUCGAAAAAAUUUCAAUGGAUGGUGAUGAAUCGACCAGAGUGAUUGUCAUCAACAAAGAUAUUUAUUGGCCAAAUGCAUUAACUGUUGAUUAUGAAUCGAAACGGCUGUAUUUUGGUGAUGCAAAAUACGGUUACAUUGCUUCAUGUGAUUUUGAUGGAAAAAAUCUAAAGAAAAUCGUGUCAAAUGUAUCGAAUAUAUUUGCAUUAACUAUGAACAAUAAUAUGUUGUAUUGGACUGAGGUAUCGAAUGAUAUGCAAAAUAAUCGAAUCCAUCGAAAUGGUCUCUAUUAUUUUGAUAUGGAUACCGGUAUUGUUAGUACGCCGAAUCUGAAUCCCGAAUUACGGCUAUCACCGAUUGGCAUUACAGUGUUUAGUUCAUCAAGGCAGCCAAAAUCUUUCAAUCCAUGUGAUCGAAAUAAUGGUGGUUGUUCACAUUUAUGUUUAUUAUCGUCAGCUAAUCCAUCGCAUUAUUCUUGUGCUUGUCCGACCGGUGUCAUCUUGAAAUCAGAUAAUCGAACAUGUCAUUCAAAUGCACAGAAAUUUUUGCUAUUAGCACGUCGAUUCGAUAUUCGAAUAAUUUCAUUGGAUACGGCUGAUUAUACGCCUGUUGUGUUGCCCAUACGUAACAUGAAAAACACAAUCACAUUGGAUUAUGAUCCAGUAGAAGGUAAAGUUUAUUGGACCGAUGAUGACUUACGUACGAUCAAAUGGUCCACCUUAAAUGGAUCUCAUCAAGAAACGAUUAUAUCGUCGGAAAUAAUGCAUACAGAUGGUUUGGCCAUCGAUUGGGUUGCUCGAAAUAUCUAUUGGACAGAUACGACCAUCGACCGCAUCGAAGUGGCACGACUAGAUGGUUCUUUUCGAAAAAUUCUAAUCAAUGAAAAUAUUGAUCAACCACGUGCCAUUGCCGUACAUCCAUACGAAGGUCUAAUGUUUUGGACAGAUUGGGGUCAAACACCAAAAGUUGAACGAGCUUCAUUGGAUGGAUCGGAUCGAAUUGCUAUUAUAAAUUCAUCUCUGACCUGGCCAAAUGGUCUUGCUAUUGAUUUUGAAUUAUCACACAUUUAUUGGUGUGAUGCUAAAGAGAAAACUAUAGAAAUGGCACGUUUCGAUGGAUCUGAUAGAAAAACCAUUGCAUCAUUUGAUCGUUCACAUAUGUUUGGUUUUUCUAUGAUCGAUGAAUGGAUUUAUUGGACAGAUUGGACAUUGCGAACAAUUGAACGUGUACAUAAAAUGACUGGUCAUGGCCAUUCGAUAAUCAUUGAAAAUUUGCCCGAUUUGAUGGGCCUCAAAGCAGUGGGAAAACAAUUUACCGAAACAAAUGCAUGCAGUGCACCACAUAACGGAAAUUGUUCACAUUUCUGUUUCAAUCGUCCUCAUCAGCGAUUUGUUUGUGCCUGUUCGGAUGGAUUCGAAUUGAAUGAAGAUGGACAAACUUGUAGCAAAUCUGAAUUAUAUUUUUUUGUGCUUCGCCAUAAUGAUACGACAAAAAUUUCUUUUAGAGAAAAAAAGAAAAUUCCUUUGCCCAUCAAUGAUAUGCAUUGGGCUUCAUCAUUUGAUGUUGACAUUGGCGGCAAUCACAUAUAUUGGACCCAUAAUAGGAAUCGAAUAAUUUACCGAUCAUUGAUCAAUGGAUCAAAAUCUGAAGCAAUUGUUCAAACUGGACUUGGUAGCCCAGUCAAUUUGGCCAUUGAUUGGAUCAGUGAAAAUCUUUAUUGGGUGGAUGUUGAAUUCCGACGUAUCGAAGUGGCCAAAUCAAAUGGAUUUUUUCGUCGUAUACUAUUUUAUGAUCGUUCACGACAACCAAAUUCAUUGGUUGUGGAUCCAAUUGAUAGCCAUUUAUUUUGGAGUGAUUGGUCCAAUAAUGGUCGUAUAGUGUCAUCAUUUCUUGAUGGAAACAAACGAAAAAAUAUUGUUGAUUCUGUUGGAAGAGCUACCGGUCUAACGAUUGAUUUUUAUGCAAAAAGAUUGUUUUGGAUUAGUUUGGAUAAAAUCAUGUCUUCAUAUUAUAAUGGCACUGGAAGAUCAUCCAUUACUUUGGAUUUCACCGUUCCUAUCAAACCUAUUAGCAUGGCUAUUGAUGAAAAUUUCGUAUAUUUUCUUAGUCCAGAUUCGAAAACAUUAGAAUUUGUGAACAAAAGUCAUGAAGAAUAUUUUCAACAAAAUAUAUGGCUAAAAGAUGAUCUAUUCUCGGCUGCAAAUCAUUUAUCAAUCUACGAUGUUAGCAUUCAUAAAGGCUGGAAUAUGUGUUCCGAUAAGAAUAAUAAAUGUGAACAUUUAUGUUUUAUUAAAACAAAAACCACGCAAAAACAUCGACAUCAAGAUCCUUAUUGUAGCUGUGCAUCACAUUAUACGCUGGAUACACAUGAUUUUAAACGAUGUUUACCUCCAGAAAAAUUUCUUCUAUUCAGCCAGAAAAAUUUAAUCAUGAGAUUCUUGUUUGAUCCAAAGACAACAACAUCCGGAGAUUUUCAAGACAUCAUAUUGCCUAUACACAAUCUUAAAAAUGUUCGAACAUUAGCAUUUGAUCAAUUUGAUCAUUUUGUUUAUUGGAUUGAUGGUAAAUCAAUUAAACGUACUAAUGCUAGUGGUCUAUAUCCGAUCGAAACAUUACUAUAUCCACAUCAAUCCGUGCAACCAAUAGAUUUGGUUAUAGAUCCAUAUGCAAGAAUCCUAUUCUGGACAUGUAAUAUUACUAAUUCAAUCAAUGCAACACGUAUUAUUGGAAAACCAAUUAUGGUCGGUACAGUUCAUCAUAAUCCAGCCACACAGGACCGACCACGUUUAUUGGCCUAUCAUCAGAGAACAAACAUUCUAUUUUGGACCAAUAAUAUUGCAUAUCCACAAAUCCGUCGAAUAUCAUUUAUACCGUCAAUGAAAAAAACUACUGUAAUUAAAGAUCUCCGAUUUGAAGUGACAGCCAUAGCAGUUGAUCAAGAAUUGGAUAUACUAAUUUGGUUUGUUUCAUUGAUGAAUCAAAUCGAAUGCAGUAAUCUGGAAGGUUAUUCACGUCAAGUGUUAUAUAGUGAAGAUAAUCUUUAUCCAAUCGCUAUGGCUGCUUAUGAUCGAUAUUUAUUCUGGAUUGAAAGAGAUAAGAAAUCUGUAAUGAAAUUACCAUUAGAUCUGAAUGAAGGAAAAAAUAAACAAACCAUAUUCAUCAAAGAUCAUACGUUGACCGAUAUAAUAGCCGUACCACAAAUGUCAAAAUAUUCAUCGGAUUUAUUUUGUAGCAGAGAAAAUGGCGGAUGUUCACAUUUUUGUUUCGUAUCAAAUUAUUCCAGUUCAUUUAAUUGUACCUGUCCACAAGGUCUAAUGUUAUCGGAUGGUGAAACCGCUCGAGAUUGUAUUGAUGUUAUUGAAUGUAAAACUGGUGAAUAUCAAUGUCAUACGGGAAAAUGUAUUCCAGGAUCGUUACGUUGUAAUGGAAUCUCAGAAUGUCCUGACACAUCGGACGAAAUGGAUUGUCCGAUUUGUGCUACAAAUCAAACAAUUUGCUACAAUCAUGAUAAUUUGUUUUGUCUGGAAAAACGCCAACUAUGUGAUGGAAUUAAUGAUUGUGCCGGUGGUUUCGAUGAAAUCUGCUGUAAUCAUGAAUAUGAAUUCCGUUGCAAUAGUAAUAAUUGUAUUACUAAACAACAGCUAUGUGAUGGAAAACAAGAUUGUUUAGAUGGUGAAGAUGAACAUUCGGAUCGUUGCCAUGAUCUUGCCAAUAACAUGAACAAUAUUGGCAACAAAAUAUCCACAUCUAAUCCUAUUCCAAAUCUGCGUUUUAUUUUUUUGAUCGUGAUUUUCGCCAUCAUUGUUUUCAUCUAUUCAUAUUAUCAAUGUCGCCGCUACAAUCAUUCUAACCAUAAUGAUGAUAAAGAUGUUGGAAAUGGUGUGAACGAUAUGUUAAUGACUGAACGUUAUUCAUUGCCUGGAUCAACAACCACUACUGAUCGUGGAAAUAUUAUCAUCAACAAUAAUAAUCGUAAUCCACAUAAAAAACAUCAAUUGAAUGGAUUCAUUAAUACCACAAAUAAUAAUCUAAAUGGCACCGUUGGUAAACUUGAUUGUAAUACAAUGACAACGACUACGACAACAAUAUCGAAUGGUAUGGAUACACUACCAACCGAACAUUUGAACAAUAUACUUGGUGGUGUUGGCUCAUCAAACAUGAACAACAAUAUGACAUCAAUGAAUCCAUCAUCAUCGAUUAUAUUGACACAAACUGAAUCAUUGAUUGAACGCAAUGUUACCGGUGCAUCAAGUACAAGUUCAUCGGCAAAUAUUGCAGCAUAUGCACAGCAAGCAAUCAAUCCACCGCCUAGUCCGGCAACACAACGUUCACAAUGUUCAACAUUAUCAUCCUCAUUAUUCGUUGCUCGACCACGACAAGGUCGUAAUAUUAAAAACAACAUGUUCGCUAAUAGUAGUGGUAGUAAAAAUCGUAAAAAAACCAAUAAAAACAAGAACAAAUGGAAUAAUAAAUUAUCGAAUCGUGGUCCACCACCAACACCAUGUAGUACAGAUGUUUAUGAAGAUAUUGAACCAUCCACAAUCAAAUAUGUAUAUUAUGAUAAUAAUCAAACAGAAAUGGAUGAUGAAUAUGACUAUAAACCACCACCACCAACACCGCGUUAUUUUUCCGAUCCAAGUUGUCCACCAUCACCGGUUACUGAACGUAGCUAUUGUAAUCCAUAUCCACCACCACCAUCACCAGUUCAAGAUUAUGAAUGAAUGGUAAAAAAAAAAUCAAAUUUCAUCAUGUAAAUAA